AUGCAUUUAGUUUCAAAAUAUAGCUUUACACGUAGUGCUAAGCCGCUUAGCAAAAUAUGGCUUUACUACGGUUUUAAAGCAGACGAUACAGGAAAACCGACUAUAAAGGACGAAGCAAUUUGUCUAAUGUGCCGAAGGAUAGUACGUAUCAAAGACGGAAACACAACUAAUUUAAGAGCUCACUUGAGAAUACAUCAUCCAGAGGAGUUUGUCAACCUUUCUGGUGGCAAUGAUGCCGGAAUUGCAUCUUCUUGGCAGAAUUUUUCAGGUGGCAGCGUGGCCCCUGUGGACUUUACGGAUUUACUUACUCCUCUAAGUCCCCUGGAAAACCUCAUAGCAGACAGUGUGGUACUGGGGGAGCCAUUUCAUGAAGGUGCAUCAAGAGCAGUGGCCACACUACCUAUUUGCCUUAAUCUAAUAAAGAUGUCCUCCCCGGAGAGUUCCUUACAGGACGGUGUGCAGGAGCUAAGGGUGUUUGCUAAGACUUUGCUACAGCAGGGCAGUAUAUUUGGACCUUUCAAAGGGCAGAUGGCCCAAGGACAGUUGACCUGCUUCAGAUAUGCCUGGGCUAUAAAAGAAAGCGAUACCUACUGCUAUAUUGAUGCUUCAGAUGAAAACAAAUCCAACUGGAUGAGGUUUGUUUCAUGUACCACCAGUGAGGAGGAGCACAACCUCACUGUGUUCCAGUGGCAAAGGGAAAUCUACUACAGGGUCUCCAAACCCAUCUCCCCAGGGGAGGAAGUGAAAGUUUGCAUUGGGAAGGAGUAUGCUGCUCUUCUGGGAUUAGGUCUUGGUGAGAGCAUCAAGUGUAAAUAUGGGGACAAAGAGAACCUGCUUAGCAUUUUCCAGGACAUCCAACUUGUUCGUGUACCCGGAGUUGCUGCUGUCCCUGAACCCCAUGACUCUCCCAGCUGGUUAAACGCUAACCAGUCAUAUAUCAACAUGUCUGGGACGAGUAGUCUUUCCAGUAGGUCACAGGCUGACAGCAACGAUCCCAAUCAAUGCUCUGCCAUGGAAGUGCAGGACUAUGACUUUGUUGAGGGCGCGGAUAAGCUGCUAAAGCACCCUAAUACUGCUCAUGUUAGAGUGUGGUACUUCUUUGGGUUUGAGGCUGACCCCAAUGGUAGCGGUCUGCCCCUGGACAAGACGAGGGUGAUGUGUAAGCUGUGUGGGGAGAAUGUGCUCUUUAAUGGGAGCAUGACAGCCAUGCUCAGUCAUCUAGGACACAGUCACAAAAUGCGGCAUCGCAAUUUAACAAACAACCAAACCCAUAAAUACAGAUACUCUCAAAGAGAGAGUAUCUUAAGAGGCAAUUCAUUGGAUAGCCACGGUUCACCUCCAUGUCAUGAACUGCCCACGACCCAUCAGAGUAGCACACAGCCCAGUAGACCCGCCACACAGACCACCAACGCCAUUGCAGACUUCCUUAUUAGGGAUCUGCUUCCUCCCAGCAUGGUGGAAGGAGAAGGCUUCAGGCAGAUGAUCCGCAUCCUGCUGCCCUCCAACCAGGAGCUGCCUUCUGCCUGGCAGUUAGGAGGCCUGCUGACUGACCUCCACGCCCGGGAGAAAAAGAUCAGGACAAAAACGUUCACGACUUAUGCAGGGAUCGCUGAGGAGAAGGACUCCAAACACACCACCGUUCAGUCCAAAUCUGGGACCGUUUCAAGAACAAAAGCAUCCCGUGUUGGCACUUCUCAAGUUCUGGAGCCUGUGACCCUCAGUGCAGAUGUGUGGGGUCGUGACUGGCAGGGUGACAGUGAGACGUACGUUACCCUGUGGGCUCAUUUCCUAGACUUUGAUUUCAGUCCACACACACUGGCUCUCGGCACACAAAGGCUGUGGGAAACCGAGACUGGAUGGGCGUCAGUGGAGGCCAAAGUGAGGGCUAUGGCUCAAGAGUGGGGCAUCUGCCAGCCUUGUGUAGUCAUCGUUGGAGGGGAGGAGAGUGAAAAGAUCAAGUUGAUGGAAAAGAAGGAAAGUAAAAGAAGAGAACAAGCAAAGAGCGCUCUACAUCCUAACUCCACCACCUUUCUAGAGUGUGAGGACUCUGUGUCCGGAGACGAGAUCUGUGGGUCAGUGCAGGUGAACCGCUCCAACUUGGACUUCCCACUCAUCCCCUGUUUCCUGAGCGUUGUCGAGGCAUGCAUACGGCAAGUGAUGUCACAUCCUGUCAUCUCCAGCACCUUUGGCCUUUUUCAGAGCCUUCUAUCAAGUGUCUUCCACAGCCAAAAUAAAAACAGAGACCAAUCUCUGUAUUCCAGGAAACUGUUCACAGCCUUAGGACAGCAAGACCUGGCUGAGCUCAAGUCUUGGACUAACUUAAAGCCUGAGUGGAACCGGCUCUACUGUGUGUUGCAGACUCUCCUUCGCCAUCAGGCCCUGAUAUCGGAGGUGAUCAAGGAGAUGAGUCAAGAAUUCAAAAACAGGAGAGGUGCAACCACUACUAAAGGUUCUUUUUCUACAAACAGUGUUUCAUCGGACAACUGUAAAAUGAGCUCCAUCUCUCAUAUCUCCAACAAAACCAUUGUGGACGCUGUUUUUCCAGAGCCUUCUGAUUGGAAGGUUCUGGAUGACCUCUGCUCGGUGCUGAAGCCUUUGGAUGUGGCGUGCAACACUGUUGCUAAAGAAACAUACCCACGGCUCUCACUGAUCAAGCCCAUCCUCACCGGGUUGCUCUCACGCCACCUUGCCUUGGGCCCAGGGGUCUCCGCCAUUUUACAAGAAGUUAAGAAGACAAUUAGUACGACCCUGAAGAGUUUCUAUGACAACCCUCAGGUCAACAGGAUUAUUUGUUUGGCAUGUGCCCUCGACCCACAGUUCCAUGGUUUAAGGUUUAUGGAAGAAAAGGAUCAGGUGGACACUUUUGAUUGGCUGAAGAAAGAGGCUGUCAGGGCAGAGGAAGAGAGGAGUAGUCGCCAGUCAUCCGCCAAUCACAGGGCCGGGAAGAACAAGAGGAACUCCUCUUCACUGUUACCAUGGGAGAUGGACGGGUGUCCUCGACGGAGUAAGCGUCUGAAAGAGGGCGCGCCGAUCAGCUUCAAAGAAGCAGAGAAGAACGACGACGACGAUGAUGAUGAUGAUGAAGAGGAGGAGGAAACGGAGGAAGAGUCUGAGGCUAGCUCCCCUGGCUACCAGGGGGAGGAGGAGGAGGAGGAGGAGGAAGUCCAGACUGAAACCCUGCAGACCACAGAGUCAAACUCUACAUCUGGUAUGGAGUUCCUACUGGGCGAUCUGUAUGGUCCACAGGCCCAGAGCAAGUUGCUGUCAGUGGAGGAGUGCGUGGAGGCAGAGGUGUCCCUGUACAAGGCAAAGAAAGACUCUGCCUUGAUAGAGCAGCCCCCCCUUCAGUGGUGGAGGGCAAAGUGCACAGUACUGCCUCUGCUGGCCAAGGUGGCACGGGCAUAUCUGGCAGCACCGGCUGUGGUGGGCGGAGCCGCGGAGGUGUUCCAACGCCAGGGGGAAGGGGCCAUGCACAGGAACAGGAGGAAUAUCCCUUCUGCUAUGCUGGAUCAGCUUCUGUUCCUGCAUCAUAACCAUCUUAGCUGCCUAGAGCAGGGCACCUGUAUCUAGAACUACUACAUGGCUUAGUGCCACAAGAUGUACACACCUGUUACCGGUGCUGAAGGGGACUCGGGCGAUACCGUUUUUAAGUAGCCUACUUUUCUUUUUUUUUUACAUAACUGUACUUUACUUUCCUUGGCUGCCGUUUUGAGAUACUGGUACCAGUGGUCAUACCACUUUUAGAUAUUAUUGAGCAAAUAAAUAACCCAUUAAGUUGUUUUCAUAUAAGAAAAAAAAACUUGCAUUGAGUGCUUUAUGGAGUGUAUACUUUGGUUGUAAAACCAAUACAAUGCUUCUCAUUGCAGAAAACCUUGUUCUGUAGUAGAGUCUGUAUUAAUGUUCUCUGAGUGAUGCUGGACAAUAUGACAAGUUCAAACUGAUCAUGUACAAUUUUAUUGUCAACUGUAACCAAAUUGUGA